AUGAGUCAAGCUCAAAACGGGUUCAAAAGUGAGUCUGCCAAGCUUCCUCAGCUUCCCAAAAGCUCUGGCGGCCUGUUCUUCUCAUCCCAGUUCUGCAAGAGAUCCAAGCACCUGCCUCUAGGGACGUCUCUCUCUGGGCAGACAGGAAUCAUCACAGGCGCCAGCUCUGGAAUCGGGCAUGCGUGCGCAAAAAUGCUCCUUGACUUAGAGAUCAGCCAUCUUAUCAUUUCAGCCCUGACGCAAGCCGAGGCCGAUUUCACUGUGGGAAUUCUCAGGGAGAGGCACCCAAAUGCGAAAAUAGACGGUUGGGUUCUGGAUCUGACCUCCUAUCAAUCUAUCCAUGAUUUUGUUGCCCGUUGCGCAACUCAGCUGUCGCGAAUCGAUUUUGCCAUUCUCAAUGCAGGCGCGGCCUUUGGUUACUUCAAGCGCUGCGAAAAGACUGGCCAUGAGAUGGUCUUUCAAGUCAAUUUCCUUUCUACCAUGCUUCUAUCUGUGCUCCUGGUGCCGGUACUCAAGUCAAAGGAUCCGCCUGGGAGGCCUAGCCGUUUGGUUAUUGUCAACUCGGGAACAGCCAUGCAUGCCGAGUUUCCCCAGCACAAAGCCGAACGUAUCCUGCCUGCAUUCGACGUCGAAGAGAACUUUGACCCCAUGGGGCAGUAUGCCAAUACUAAAUUCCUGGCCCAUCUUUUUGUUGACAAGCUGUCUCGGUUUGUGAGCCCUGAUGAUGUCGUUAUCAAUUUGGUAGAUCCCGGAUUGACCAGCGGUACAAAUAUCCUCGAGGGCGCCAGCAUGUCUACGCAGAUCGGCUUCAAUUGGUUGAGGGCUAUUGCUGGUCGGAGUCUUGAAGAUGCCGCAAGCGCAUAUAUUGAUGCGAUAGUAACCAGGGGGAAAGAUUCCCAUGGAUCCUUCAUUAUGGAUUGGGACAUCUAUCCAUAUGGGAAGUUUUAUUAUGAUCCUAAAAGAGAGGAGAUUCAAGAAAAGCUCUGGGAUGAGAUGCUCAAGGAAUUUGAAUUUGCCACUAUACAGGAUACUGUUAAGUGUAUGAAGUAG